CUCGUUUCACGUGCGUCAUUGUCAACUUUCAAUAUUCUUGGUCACGUUUUUCUUCUGCAAUUAUAGUAAUGAGUGCUCGUAUAUAUUAUUACACUUCAUCGAGAAGCAGUCGACUAUCUUUGGAGUAAACAAACCACUUAGAAUCGCAUUUAUGCCGAUAUUUAUCGUCCGUCGUGAUUUUUACCUGGAUAUUCUUGAUUUUUAAUGGUGUGAGAAGUUGCAGACACUCGGGAUCGCAAGAGUCGAUGGACUGUAUUUCGUAACUAAUUUUAAUCCGACCAACUGGCUUUUUCACGGUCAAAUUUCUCUACUUUUAUUUAGUUGCAAUUCUACUUCGAUACCGAACUAAAAUCGUUUGUUUCCCUAAUCUGGUUUUUGGCUCAUUUUAAUCUCUGACAUCCGAAGAUGAGAUAUCUGAGUUAAAUUUUUAAAUCAAAUCUAUUUCUGGGCUACAAAAUUAAUACUUGAAUUGGGAGAGAUGAUUUUACGCGAUACGGUAUUUAUUUAGUUUUUAUUCUUUUCAAAAUGCCUGAAUCAACUGUUCAAAGGGAUUAUUGAACUUUUGAAGGACUGUUGGAUUUUGUGUUAGAUUUCUUAUCUCUUUGAUAAAUUUUGCUUAAUCAUCAUAAAUACAAAAUUCGAGACUCCACCUGUAUUUACGUAUUCGAGCUGUAAAAAGAUCGUCCUUGACACGUGUCACUCAAUAUAAAAUCUUAUUUAAGCUAUCGAGGAAAUUAAUUGACUCAAAUUCACAAAUUCGGUCUAGAGAUGAAUCAUCAUCGAAAGAAAUUCCAAUUCAACUUCAAUAGUUCCAAUCUUAUUAAGUUAAGCAAUUAUUUAUUAAGGUGCUAUUACCGGUGAAUACUUUAGUUCCUUAAAAUUUAUUGAUAAUACGGCGAUCUGUUGUGCUGCUUUUUCAAACGGAACGAUUGUGUGAGUUAGGGCGUGUUUGUUUUAACGUCAAAUUUGGCGAAACCAAAUAUUCGUAUUUUUUCCUCAUACUCGAGGCUAAGCAUUGGGCGUCUGAAAACGAAGAGACCCGUUGAAUUAUUUGAAGUGUUCUUAUCAGAAAUGUGUCAGAUGAUCGUGUGGCUCGUUGUUUAUCUUCGACGUGUUAAGCGCUCGUCAAAAUUUGCAAGAGGGGCAAAAACGAUCGAGAUGCGCGCGCAACAAGGAAAAAAUUGUUGAAAAAUUAUGGAUUCCAAUGAUUUGGGAAAAAAAUCCCACACGCACACACGUUCGUUGGUUCUCGCGAUUGAGAUAGUAACUCAAUCGAUGGAUCGUUUUCACACUCCCCACCAAGGAAACCUUCGCGACCUUCUCCUCUUUGUGUAGCACUGCAUUAUUUAUUACCUAGUACGCAGUUUAUUACAAGAGGAAGGAAAGGUGGGGAGUUAAGGUAGUCCAACAACGUUGCGUAAUUGUCCGAGUCGCGAUCUCGAUACCACGUUUCAUUGGUCGAUUCCGGAAAGCGGGAAAUCCCAGUCAAAGAUUCUGGAACUCCCGGUUACCCCUACUCCCGUUCGUAGUUGUAAAGCAUGAUACUCAUCACGGACACUCACGACUCGCGUCAUCCAAAUAAUCUUCAAACUCGAACCGCGACUUUGUCUCGAUUUUUUUACCAUACAGUCGUUCGUACAAAACCGUCGUUCGUCCAGUCUCUUAAACUGCGGUUUAAAAAAAAUUUGGAAUUUUAUUGAAACCGAAUAUGAAAUUAUUCACGUAAAAUGAAGUGUUCUAAUUUUAUUUAAAAAAUUCAUAAUAAAUAGGAAAAAUUAAUAAUAAAUAAGAAAAAUUUAUAAUUUUCAUAAUAAAAAGUUUUUGUAAAUUCGUGCGUGAGUGAUCAAUUCAUACCAAAAUAGUUUUUAGUCUCUUUUUGGUUAUUCCUUUCCUUUUGCAAAUCACAAACAUGAGUGCCUUCGUUAAUUACAAUAGGAACGACACGUUGACGAAUUAUUUACCCAUGAGUACGUCACAACAAAGUGUCGACGACGGUCACUUUAUUCUUGACAUGGACUCUAUCGUGCGCAGAGAUAAGGAAGCUCCCAUGAUGACCACGAGGAGACUGUACGAAAACACGCGAAAAAAAUGCUCACUAGGUGACGACGAAGGAGAAUUGGACGAUGGAAAUGAUUGGUCGAGCAAACCCAUUAAAAAUUGGUCCCAAGAAGAUACGAUCAACUGGUUGAUGUCAGCAGCUUUGCAUAUGGGCCAACCGUACAGUUCUAUACAACACAGUCUCGCCGUUCCGGGGCAAAAUCUCAUUGGCAUGUCACGACAACAAUUUUUGAUGAAUGAUCCGAUAUAUGGCGAUCGUCUUUACGACAUGUUGCACUCUCAACGUCGCUCCAGUCUUCAUCCACAUUACGCAACGUUGAAUCCAAGGCCAAUUGCUUCGGAAGAUGAAAGUACUCAUGUCAGUUCGAACAACUUUUCUGAAUCCGACAAUAGUGUUGAUGUUUCCACAAAACGCCAACCUGGAAGACCUCGAGGGAUGAAAUCGAAAAAAAACUCCCCGAGUCAAGGUAAAUUAUGGGAGUUCAUAAGAGAUCUUUUGGGAAAUCCAGAAACAUGUCCAAGCCUCAUAUGUUGGGAGGAUUAUUCACAAGCGAAAUUUCGAUUCGUACGAAGCGACGAAGUUGCAAAACGCUGGGGUUCCAGAAAAGGAAAUACGAAAAUGACUUAUGAAAAAUUGAGUCGUGCUAUGAGGUAUUAUUACAAAAGUAAAAUAUUUCAACCUGUUAUCGGACGUCGAUUGGUAUAUCAGUUUGGUCCAAAUGCCAAAGGUUGGCAAACCGACAAUCCGAAUUUUCGUCGAUGAAAUUUAAUGAGGAUUAUUAUCUCGAAUUUUCCUAGUCACCGCCAGCAAUCUUGUGACACGUUACGAUAAUAUUUAUAGCUAAUUACACAAAUUUCACAAGAAAUUAAUAUUUCUCUACCGUACGAAUAAUUGAUGAACAAUUGUGUCAAAAAAAAUACUUUAGAAAGUAGCUUUUUUCACGAGUGUUCCUCGUACUGAACCUUCCAUGGAAGCUCAUGCGGAGCUCAAGGAAUAAGGGACAUUCAGAAAAGGAAAAAUUGUUGAAGCAAUGUUCUUUAAUUCACUGUUUUCCAGAACUAAGUGUACGGUCAAUGACCUUUUUUUAAACUGUUUUGUACAUUGGUCAGGGUACAUACUUAUUAAGAGGAUAAUCUAUCGUAGUUAUAUGAGCAAUGUGUUGAUAGAAGGAAUUCAUGUUGAUACCGAAGACGAACAGAAUUAUUAUAUUUUUGUAUUUAUUAUUGUAGCUUAACAGAGGUAGAUUUUACUAGGUCCGUCAAUCGUGAAUUUCUUGUUUUUUUUUUUUUUUUUUUCGUAAUCACGUUGUAUGCUGCUUAUACGAUGCUAAGACUUGUAAGGUAUCGUGUCAUACCGCUAAUGAUUUUCAAAAUACAUAAUGGAGAAGUUGUAAGCUCAGGAACUCGAUCACUAUACGGACCAAGAAUAUUAACCAUGCUAGAGAGUUGGAAUUGGAAAUUUUUCAAAGGCACGUGAGCAAUGUUUUUUUUUUCAAUCACAAGCUCAUUCGAUAUUAUUUUUCAAAUCGCUCCGUGUGCGUUUACUAAGAAUACAAACUGUCCUCUUAUCUCUAAUUGAGGUAUCCUGAUCCCUCGAAUCAUGGAACGAAUCGAAGUAACCAGUUUUAAUCUAUUCUUAUGUUUUGAGAUUUUUCAAUAUUUCGAAUAAUUUGUUCUCUUGUGGAAUUAAUAAAUCGUUGGCACUCACUCCUCCUACGAAGUCAUUAUCGUGGCUACGUGAUUCAUUGUAUUUGGCAGUGAUAUUAAUCCAAGUAAUAAACCUGGCUGAUAUUCUUAA